AUGCCGCGUUUCGGCCUCAUCGGCGAUUCCAGCCUGUACGUGAAGAGCGGCAGGCAUGUGAGAAGGGUGGGUUCCCAACUUCGAGAAAGUUUGGGCACGACAGACCUUUGGUAUCGCGCCGUCGCCAACGCGGGCGUGAAAGAAAUCCUCCACAUGCUGAAGAACACGUCGUUGACCUUCGCAACGCUUGGCAUUUCCUAUUUUGGGAACGACAUAACGGAAGGGAGGAUCCGCCCAGAGGUUCAAGCCGCCUGGCAAGAGCUGAUGAACUUGGUGGAGGAAAAGGCCCAGCAUGUGGUCUUCGUGGUAGGGGGCAGCUACUGGUUGGGAGCGGAGACACUGAGGAAGUAUGCCGACAAAGCCAAGCAGUACGGCAUCACGCCGCAGUAUGACGAGAAUCUGGCGCAAGUGAGGACAUGGCUUAGCCAUCGCGGUCAUACGGUUCACAACUUCCAGAAGCAGCUUGGGAGGUGGCAACUGAAUGGCGACGGGAUCCAUUGGGACGUCGACGUGGCAGAGGAGUUGUGCGCCACAUGGGCAGAUCUCCUCAGCCCCCCGCGCCUCCUGGCCACGACACGUGAGGUUCUUGUAGCGUAG